CAGUAAACACAGUGGCGCCGCUGUGUGUGUCAUUGGUGUGUGUGCUGUCCAGCAUGAAGGGAACAUGAGGAGGUGCCCUCUAACACCACACCGCUGCUGCUGCUCUGCACUCAUAAGAGAACAUCACAAAAAGCGGAUUCUACAGAGGAGGUAGACACUCAAGGAAGGAAUGGUGGGCUAUGAUCCAAACUCCCCCGCCGCGGCUCUCACCCCGGAGGAAGCUGCUCUGGCCGGGUCAGCGGCGGGUAUGGUCACCCGUGCCCUCAUCAGCCCUCUGGAUGUCGUCAAAAUCAGGUUUCAGUUACAGAUCGAGCAGGUGUCCUGGAGGAGUCGUCAGGGGAAGUACUGGGGUUUAUGGCAGGCCACACGCUGUAUCAUGACCGAAGAAGGACUUCCUGCCUUCUGGAAAGGUCACAUUCCUGCCCAGCUGCUGUCUGUGUGUUAUGGGGCAGUUCAGUUUGCGAGUUUUGAAGCGUUAACGGAGCUGGUCCAUAAGAAGACGGUGUAUAACAGCCAGACCCCAGGAGUGCACUUCAUCUGCGGGGGUCUGGCCGCCUGCUCCGCCACCGUCGCCUGCCAGCCGCUGGACACCCUCCGCACACGCUUCGCUGCUCAGGGCGAACCCAAGAUCUAUCGUAACCUCAGACAUGCCGUGGCCUCAAUGUUCCGCACAGAGGGGCCCUUCGCCUUCUAUAGGGGCCUCACACCCACCCUAGUGGCCGUCUUUCCAUAUGCAGGCUUGCAGUUUUUCUUUUAUAAUAUCCUAAAGAAUCUUCUGGAGCCCCAAGACACCAAAUCUAAAGGGGGUUUAAACAGUCUGAUCAGCGGUAGUUGUGCUGGAGUCAUCAGUAAAACAAUGACGUAUCCGUUUGACCUGAUCAAAAAGAGACUUCAAGUGGCUGGAUUUGAAGAGGCCAGGAUGAAGUUCGGACAGGUGCGGACGUAUCAUGGAUUUGUGGACUGUGUGCUGAGGAUCGGCAGAGAGGAAAGGCUCCGGGGUUUCUUUAAGGGGCUCUCCCCGAGUCUCCUGAAGGCUGCUAUGUCCACAGGCUUCACCUUCUUCUGGUACGAGUUCUUCAUCAAUGCCAUUGUCAGCCUCAAGAACAGCUAGUGAGAGAAACCUUACAGAUGUAAGAUCAUCAGCUGGAACUCAAGAUACACCGCUGUUGUACUUCACCAGAAAGAUAUUUUAACCUCUGCUUCGCUCUGCUGAAGCCCUGAACUGAACAGUCAGCUGAAAUGUCUGUGUUUAUGUGUAACAGUGAGCUCUACCUCUCUUGUGUCUCUCGACUGGAGACUUGAAAACCAUUGUUACACAUUUUAGGAUUUUAAGUUUUGUCAUAAUGACUGCAUGUUUUGGUUUACACUCUGAAUUAGGAUUUAUUUUUUAUACAUAACACUGGAAAUCAGAAUGCUUAACUUAUAGUUUUGGGAGUUUUGUAUUUCAAAAACAUUUAAACUAUAUACUUGAUAUGGUGCAGGAAAUAUUCAGUCAUCUGGUUUAUACAAAUAGAUUCAUUUCAGGUCUUAUGGGUUUGUUUGUUUUUAUUUAUUUUUUUACUUAUUUUAUGUCAUGGUUAAGGCUUUUAAAUGGUGAAUGGUCAAGGCUUUUAUGAAUUACAUUUUAAAAAUGGUAUAUUCCCUAUUUACGGACGGAUAAAGUUAGUUUCGAACAGUUUGAACCUCCAUGUAUCCAUGUUACUCUGGCUUUAUUUCUGCCCAUAUUUAUGUAUUUUUUUUUUAUUGUACUUUCUCACUAACAUUAGCAAAAACAAACUCUUCGUAAGAUCAUAGUGGUUUUACUUUUACUACUGUGUAGUUCUAUACAAAAACUAUGGAAGUCUGUUUCCGCCACUGAAUACAAAUUAAAACAAGUUAAUUG